UCACUUAAAGUAAAAAACUGUUCAUUUCUUAACAUUUUUUCCUCACGGUUUAAUGCUUUAUUUUGUUCCAAUUUAUCGCGAUGGAAAAGUGAACCGUUCCCGCUGUAUCUUUUAAAAAGAGCAUUCGUUAAAAAGUAAAGAGUAACAGUUUGCAAAAUGAGUAACAACAAUCUGAUAAUUCGAAAUAGUUUCGAUGAAAACCUGACACCUAUAAAAAUAGAAUAUAUUAAUCCAAUGGAUAGCGGAAGAGUGGUUUCUCAAACAUUUCGGCAUCCUCCAGGUCAACCUCCAUCUAAAGUACGCAAAAUUAGUUGUAAUAUCACAACGAGUUUUCCGAAAAUCGCUAUUAAAAAAGAAGACGGCAUUAAAUGUCACUCUGGUGGAGAGGUUCUUCUCGUCAAUGGAUGUUGGGACACGUCGAAUAAAAUUCCCAAUAUUGUAGCAGAAAUGCAUAACUUCAAUACAGAAGAUUUCAGUAACCUUCGAAACGGUGACGUAGUUCAAGAAUCUUCUAGAGAUCUCACCAGUCCAAGUCCAAGAAGUUCUGACAGCGGAAUCGAAUCGGAUUGCACGGAUGGAAGUCUUUCUUGGCUCCUAAAUUAUAAAAUCCAUGAGUUACCUCCAGUUCCAGAUGCCACGAGCUCAGAAAAUACUGGUACCCCAAGAGGACAGUUCCAAUCGCAUUUAAUUCAGGUGCCAAGAGUCAGUGAUAACUUUGCUCAGCCUAACGACGCCAAAAACAAUCAGAAUGGACAUUCCUACAGAUAUUCUGGUCCGAAGAAACCACCUUUUACUUAUACAGAACUCAUAGAAUACGCAUUGAGCGAGAAAGGGGAGCUUACUGUGUCCGGAAUAUAUCAAUGGAUUUCGGAUCAUUUUCCUUUUUAUAAGCAAAACGACGAUAGGUGGAAGAACUCAGUGAGGCAUAACUUGUCCAUAAACCCUCAUUUUCGAAAAGGUGGUAAAGCAGUUCAAGGUGCUGGACAUCUCUGGACUAUUGCUCAAAGGGAUGACAAGAAAUCCUGGCAAAUUCGCCAAAGAAUGACUCAGUUUAUUCAAAAUACAUACAAAGACGCUAAAGCCCAGGAACAAGAAGCUUUCGAUAAGGAAUUGCAAGCUGCAACUGAAAGUAUUUUAGGAGAAAUAAACCAUCAUACAAAGAGUGAUGGAAUGACUUUAAAGAGGGAGUCUAAUAGCAUAGAAGUACAGUACAUCAAUGUAGAAGAUACAACAAAUAGUUUAGGAGAUUUCCUGGCACCUCCAGUUUCCAAACAAGAAAUAGUGAACGAAUGCGGCCUGGGUAGUGACUUCUUCAUAACGGACAUCAAUCCGAACGUGUUGGGCCUGAAUUUAGUGGAAUCUGAGGCGAUUUCAGACGCUUACGACGACGUGUUCGAAUAUUACGGUGUCAAGGAAUAGAACUGGAAACUCGUGAAACAGAAUGGAAUGGUUCAUUUUUUCUUACCCAUGGAAUGACGUUUUUAACCUCGAGUUGAAUUUUGUAUAAUAGAUUAUCUUGUAAGACUUCUAGGUAUAUUUUUAAAUAUUUUUUAAUUGCCAUUAUCGAAUGCCGUCCUUUUACUCGAAUUAUAUGGAGGUUGCUUACGAAAUUCGAGUUAUUGUUUCACUCCGAGAAAUUAUCGUUUGUUUCUUACGAAAAAUCAUGACUGAGGAAUUGGAAAUCCAUUUUCUCGAGAGAUCUAAGGUCGGGUGUGUCUUCUUAGAUAAUUAUUAAUAUUUUUAUACGAAGAUGCUCCUAAAAAUAUGUAUCCUUGGGGCAUAUAUACCGCAUCAAAUAAAGUACUGUACAUUUUA